AUGGCAUCAACAAAUUUAACGAAAGGAGCUAUUACUCGCUAUCAAAAUGGAAAUACAAAACAAUCAGCAAUUGUUAAAGUUCUUAAUAUUCGACAAUGUGAAUCGACUACACCAACCGAUGUUGAACGUUAUCGUUUAUCGAUAACUGAUGAUCAAGAUACAUUUAAUGCUUGUAUAUUAGUACCGGAGUUAAAUAAAUUAAUUAAAGACAAACAAUUGCGCGAGAAUUCAAUUGUUAGACUAGAAAAAGUUGCACAUAAUUUAACAAAUACUGGAAAAUCGUUUUUAGUUAUACUUGAUUUGACUAUAGUAUCACAAUCACCAAUAACUACUGUAAAUAAUAAUAAGCCAAAUACAAAUAUAUGUCCAAUUGAAAUGAUAACACCAUAUUUAAAUGGAAUGUGGAAAGUUCGUGCACGAUGUUUUGCUAAAAGUCCUAUACGACCACAUCCAGUAUGUGAUUUUGAUUUUGUUGAUGCCAGUGGUGAAAUUCGUAUAGUUGCUUUUCGUGAUGAAUGUACUCGAUUUCAUCCAAUGAUUGAAGUCGAUAAAAUGGCCGUCCAUAAUAUACUUGAUCUACCUAACGAAAUACUUGAAAUCAUAGUAUUUAAUGUAAUUGGAGGAUCAUGGAAAGAUGAUGUACAUGAUUUUCUUUCUUUUACAUCAACUUGUCAACGAUGUUAUCAAUGGUCUCAUGAUGAAAAAUAUUGGCAAAAACUAGUCUCACGACGGGAUCCAACAAAUAUAAAACCAACAAAAGAUAUAACAUGGUUAGAUUAUUGUAAACAAAUUUAUCUUAUGCGUACAAUAUCAUCUAAUGAACUUGAAGAUAAAAUAAGUCGUUUUGACGAAAAUUAUUUUUGUACAAUUGAAAAAAUUCUUCUUUGGCCUAAUAAAAUACGUAUAUAUAUUGAUGAACGUGGAGAUUAUUCUUUUGGUAGUAUUCAACAUCCAACAUAUUCAACAAUAGGAUUUCUUGAACAAAAUUCUUUUCAAUUUAAUAAAUAUAAUAGAAAAAAAGUUUCUAAUAGUGAAUUUUCUAUUGAAGAUGAAAAAUCACAAUAUUUAGGUUAUUUAGAUUUUUCUAUAAAUAUUUCAUUUGAUUGUAUUGAAAAAGUUCUUUGUUUUCAAUAUGGUUGCAGUGGUUAUAGUAUUACAAAACUUUUUCAUAUAGAACAAUCGUUUAUCGAUAAAUAUAAUCUUCUUCCGUUGAUGAGAAAAUGUCAAAACAUUGGAUAA